CCUCAGCAUAUCUUAUCAGCCCAAUCUCCCAUGUUGUAAACCUCAAGUGUUAGUCACCCUUCCUCAAAGGAACCAAUGGAUAUAGAAUGAUUCAUAUAAAGGAAACUAGUGAACCGGUCUCUAAAGUAUAAACGAAUCAAUUUCAACGAUCUGAUCGAAAAUUUUAUUUUGUAGUCAUAAAGGAUGACUACUUUUUCUGAAAGCCUAUUUAAUGACCCGAAGGGUCCCGGACUUAUGUUCAUGUUGGUUUUCUUCAUUUAAAAAUUCAUCAUGUUGGAAAAGGGUCAACUUACUGUCGUUCUUGGUGCUCAAUGGGGUGACGAAGGUAAAGGCAAAUUGUCUGAUAUUCUUUGUGGUGAAGCAGAUCUUUGCUGUCGUUGUGCUGGCGGUAACAAUGCAGGUCAUACUAUCGUUGUUAAUGAUGUCAAGUAUGAUUUUCAUAUGCUUCCUUCAGGUUUAAUCAACCCCAACUGUAUUGCCUUGAUUGGUAACGGUGUUGUUGUCCAUUUGCCUUCCUUCUUUGAAGAAAAGGCCAAGCUCGAAGCAAAAGGACUCAACUGUGAAGGUCGCCUUCUUCUCUCCGACCGUGCUCAUCUCGUUUUCGAUCUCCACCAAAAGAUUGAUGGUCUCAAGGAAGUCGAAUUAGGCCGUGGCAGUAUUGGCACUACCGGUAAAGGUAUUGGUCCCACCUAUUCUUCUAAGGCUUCUCGCUCUGGCAUUCGUGUUCACCACUUGUUCCAGUUUGAAGAAUUUUCUGCUCGUUUCAGAAGCAUGGUUGAAAACAAGCGUAAACGUUAUGGUAACUUUGAAUACGAUGUUGAAGCCGAAUUAGAAAGAUAUAAGGAGUUGGCUGAACGUGUGAGGCCAUACGUGAUUGAUACCGUUCCUUAUCUUCAUGAACAAAUCAAAGCUGGUAAGCGCGUUUUGGUAGAAGGCGCCAACGCUUUGAUGCUUGAUAUCGAUUUUGGUACCUACCCCUAUGUCACAUCUUCAAGCACAGCUAUUGGUGGUGUUUGUACCGGUCUUGGUGUCCCUCCUUCUAAGGUGUCUAAAAUCGUUGGUGUCGUCAAGGCUUACUGUACAAGAGUAGGCGGUGGUCCUUUCCCUACGGAACAAUUGAAUGAAAUUGGUGAACACCUUCAAACUGUUGGUUUUGAAUUCGGCGUCACCACCGGUCGUAAGCGUCGUUGCGGUUGGUUGGAUCUUGUCGUUGUUAAAUAUUCCACCAUGAUCAACGGAUAUACUAGCUUCAACUUGACAAAAUUGGAUAUUCUUGAUCAGUUACCUACUAUCAAGGUAGCCGUUGCAUACCAUUUGGAUGGCAAGAAGUUGGAAUCAUUCCCUGCUGACCUUAGCUUACUUGAAAAAGUCGAAGUUGAGUAUGUCGAACUUCCUGGUUGGAUGACUGACAUCUCCAAGUGUACCAAAUAUGAAGAACUCCCAGAAAAUGCAAAGAAAUAUAUUGCUUUCAUUGAAAAAGAAACAGGUGUACCAGUUGAAUGGAUCGGUGUUGGUGCUGGUAGAGAUGAUAUGAUUCACAAGUCUGCUUAAUAAACUUAUAAAAUGUAGUAAUAAACUGUAUACUAUUAUCUUGUUAAAACCUUGUCAUAACCAUAAGUGACAUUCUAACCAAGGCUCACCCUUGACAUUCACCAUUAAUUUGAUUGUUCUUUCUGUCCCCUCGGUCCUUCUCCUAUCUGACAAUAAAGAAAUGAAGAUCAUUUCAGAGUAAAAAGCUAC